AUGCAAGUUUCAGUUGUCGUCGCCUUCUUGGCAAAAUUAGUCACGUCUAGCCACGUUGGUUCAUGGAAGGAUGCUAGAGAGUGCUUAAAGGUAAAUAAGCUAAGUUGUCUUUGUAAUUCUAAUUACUCAUCUCCCUUCCCCCACCAGAUUCGACGCGAGGCUCAUAACCUGGGUCAACUCUCUCAUCGAAAUGUGGUGGAGUUUUUCGGGAUAUGGGAGACUCCGGCAUCCUUGAGCCAACUUCCUGCUCUGGUGAUGGAAUUCGCCCAUGGUGGUGCCCUUCAUAGAGUGGUUCGAAGAAGACCGGCGGUUCACUGUUCCACACUUGCUGAUUGGGCUCUACAAGUAGCUGAGGGUAUGCGGUAUCUUCAUGAGAAGGUUGGACUCGUUCACCAAGACCUAAAGACUGCCAAUAUUCUAAUUCGAGAGCCACUGGUUCAAUCCCCCGGACCAGAUGAUCUGACAGGGAAGACACUCAUCAUAUCGGACUUUGGCAUGUCUUGUCCAGCUGACGCCCUCAGUUCUCGGGUCUCCGGCGUUGGUACUGUCGCUUACGCUGCCCCAGAGGUCAUUUGCAUGAGGAUGUUUAGUUUAGCUUCUGAUGUGUGGUCCUACGGAGUCGUGUUAUGGGAGAUAUUUACUAUGCUUGAGCCUUUCAAGGAGCUUGAUCCGGGCCAACAACUUGCCAAAAUUGGCCGAUAUCGACAGAAACUACUCAUUCCUCGGUCUGACAUUGGCUUCUCCGAAACUAUUGGCUCUCUCCUUGCUCGAUGCUGGGACGACGAGCCAGAGGAGCGACCAACAUUCAGUGAUAUAUGUAAUUACCUCAUUGAAGCCCAAAACGACGAAUUUUUCUCCCUCUCUACGGAAGAAUUCACGUCCCGUCAAGAGAUCUGGGUGCAAGAAAUAUCUGGUGAUGCUGAACUGAGCUUGCUAACCGAGUCCUGUUCUAGUGAAGCUAGUUCACCUCUUAGACGACAGAAUGAGUUCCUUCAACAGGAGAAUGCCAAAAUGCGGGAUGCUCUUCAAGCUCUUCAACAGAAUGAGGCUAGAUAUCGAGGGACAAUUGCUGGACUUCAGAAGGACAAUCAGAUCCUAAGUGUACUUGUAGCAAAUACCCUCUUGAAGAAUACAUUGGCACCUCCAGCUCCCAGGAAAAAGCCAUUCAUGUAUAACCUCUUCCGUCGCAAUGAGGAGAAGAAGAAUAUUACUCCUCUGGUUUCAGGGUCCACUAAUGGAGCUGGUGACAAUGAGAGCCCAAUCACAAUCGGAUGCUCAAAUGUGAUUGACGCAGCAAUCAACAGUGCCGCUGCUGAUCGACCACCCAGAGACUGCUCUCCUGUUGUCAAGUCUUCCACCAGGCAUCAUGGAAAGACCUCUAGAAAAAGUAUACUGGGCAUCUCCUACCCACAAAAAGUCAGGCACAUGGUUCACGUUCCACUAAAUCUCUUUGGGGAAUCGAAUAAUGAUCUCUAUCCUCCCAUUUACCGCGGUAAUUUUUCUUCUGGUGGGGCUUCUGGUUCGCCAACCAGUCCUCUUCCUCCUAUUGGUGGUGGUUCGAGCUCUAUCUCCAAUUCGUCCUUUCCCCACCGACCACGAACAGACAGUCAAUCCACCGACCCUCCACUUCAUCCCAGCAGCUACGUCUUCUCGCCUUCUGACGAAGCAGCAGAUAUCGCCCAUCAAUUCGCCUUCCUCUAUACGCAGAAUCACAAUAACGGUACAGCAGCCUCUGGAACUUUGGGCUCUUUUCAAUUGCCACUUAUCAAUCAGCAACAGCAGAAAUAUGCCAGCAAGUCAGGCCGUGUCAGCGCUAAUACUACUACUGGUGGUUUGACAAGUUAUAAGAGUGCACCAGAGCUUUGUGAGCAAGCCGACUGUUCGAAGGUCAGGUUGAAUACUUUUGAAAGCGGCUGGCAUACUGUUUCACGGGGUUGUGAAUUUUAUGCAGCCAAUAGUACUUCCGAUCGAAAAGCCAUCGUGUCGUCAUCUUCAGGCGUAACGGGUGGUGGAGGAGGAAGUGUUUCUACGUCAAAACGCCAUCGAAUUGGUCUCUCUAGUCUCUUUCAUCCUUCUCGAAGCAAACAUAAUAGUGGCUCAGGCAAACCCUCGUCCCCAUCCUGUACUACUAAUGGCACAGAUAACUUUAUUUCUCCUCUGACUUCACCACCCCCCGACUUCUCUCCUACUUCCCCGAAUGCAUUCCAUUCUACAACACCUACAACUACCUCAGCCGUCACCUCACUUAGCACUUUGAUUCCAGGUGUUCCAUUACCAAAAAAUCGGUCUUCCUCUUCGAAAUCCCCCUCGGGUGGCAAAGUAUCACACACCACAAAACCCAGACGCCUUCUCCACAAGAUCUUCCAAUCGGCGGAUAAGAAUGGAACUGGUAGUGGAAGUAGGCCGAGUAGACGAGUGAGUAUUUCUAAUGGAGGCACGAGGAAGAUUUCCGGCAAAAAGACAAGGCCAAAAGAGUCGCCUCCAUGUAGGGAUUCCACCCCAUCAGAUCCAAUACUUCCACCAGAUGGAUGUAGUGCUAUAUUAAGUAGUCUUGAUGACGAAGAGGCGGUUGACAAAAAAAUGCAGUCUUCUCACAGCUUCGCUCUCCCGAUUGCCGAAUUCCCCCCUUUGCCUCCGUAUUAUCCGCAAAAGACCAAUCAGAACCCGACUAUACGAAGACGUUUGAUUGAUUUGAUUUCCCCACCAUCUUCAAAUAUACCUUCAGCUACUCGUGGUGCUCCACCUAUUCCCCGUCCAUGCACCCUUACGUCCCGUUCAACUGAAGGUACUAUCGAAUUCAAGGGGAGUCUUGGAGCAGGACCACGCAGACGUCCUUACAUUCCUCGUCUCAAGUCGCAGAGCCUUGAUGUCCUCUAUCACUCUGACGAUCAUCCAGAUGUAGAAAAGCAGCGACAAGGUUCUAUUUCAAAGGAGGGAGGGGAGAAUGGUGAUGCUAUUGAGCGAGGUGGAGAUGGAGAAGCAGGAGGCGAUGAGCCUGUGAAUCCAGUUCCCAUGGCUCUGUGGUCAGCUCUGCAGAUUGCUUCCAUUGCCCCUCUGCUUUUUGAUUGUCAGACAUCUGCUCCUCUUCCGCCCCCGCCACAACAGCAAAAUCAUUCCAAUACUGCACCGCAGUCAGCAUCUUUUGCCAGGGUUACGUUCUCCCCAUUUGCGAUGGAUGAGCUUGAUCAGGCAGAAGACGUCCUUGGCAAGGCCCAAUCUUGUCUGGGUCGAAUCUCCUCAACCCUAGCUUUAAGCCAAGCCGCCUCGUCCUCUGCUAUGAGAGAAAGGAGUCGUCAACCCACGCGUCGCCAUCAGUGGAACACCCAACGUGAGCUCUCCGCUCCCGCACCUAGCUCCUCGCCAUGGCAGCGCAAGCUGAGCCAACUCCCCCCGGUGUACUACUCGCCACCUCCAAGUGCCGGUAACGGGGCGAGUCGGGAGGCGUGUUGUAAGUGUGGCUGUCAUUCAGCUGGCGGUGGCACCAUUGAUGUUGGGGUGUCAAGGAGUCGACAUUCUUCCACAACGACAAAUUCUUCCUCACAGUCUCCAUCGCGUUGGUUACCUGUGGAAAACCCAGUGGCUCUUUCUCGGGAUGCUUAUCUCAAGGUCACUCAGGAUGGCUAUCUCAACCGUGCUACCGUAGACGACAUCCUAGACGAUGAUGAACUAGCAGUCGAUGAGGAUUUGGUUGGUGAUGUCGAUAAUGGCGACGGAAAUGAUUUGACUAUUGAAGCACGACCUUCCCAAUCCUCAAUCCUUCUUGCUCGAUCUCUUCGGGGGACAGGGGGUUUCUCUCCUUCCACUUCUUCUCUCUUCCCUUCUCCCAUAUCCCCCACACUCUUCCAGAAACAACAAGCAUCUGAACAACAACAACUUCCUGUCGCCAACAAUCAGAACAGCAAUCUUCAACAGGGUGCUGAGGGAGAGCAUGUUGAUGAUGACGAUGAUGAUGUUGUGGUUAUUCAGCUCAUUAUUCAAUCCGAAAAUGAUGCGGGUGGAGAUUGUGAAUUGGAAGAAGGGACUGGUGAACCAAGUUUUGGGGCCGGAGAAGCGGCGGAAGAUACCUCGGCCCUCUAUGAGGAAUUCAAGUCCAUCUCCUCGCACCAAUGGAUCCCAUAUAGAGAUGAUGGCACUGAAAAGUCUGAUGUGGGGGUGGAAGAAGGUUGGAGAAAUGGAUAUUUAAUCACGGAAUCUGAGAAUUCCAGCGGCGUGUUAUCAUCUCCGACUACAGAUCGUCCCAACGAAUUCCCCUCCAUCCCCUGUCGUCGAAGAAAAGCCUUUCGUUUGAAGGACAAACCCGAAGGUCUACUAAGUUCCCCUGAAGAUGACGGUGACAAUGGAGGCAGUGAUAAACCGGUCCUUCGUUUAUGA